AGAAGAUCGGCCACGGAACAUUCUUUCGUUCCGAAACGACGGUCCCACCUUAUCCAAUUGGGCCUCCUUCGCGCGUCUUUUUCCCCAAUUCCUCCGAUUCCACCUUUUUUUUGUUUGUAUUUCCUGAAUCAGUUCCAAACGACCAAUUUGUUUUUGGAGCAUUGCCGAUUUAACAUCGUUAAUUUAGUUUCCCAAUUCUUUAUAUUCCUUUUCGCCGACGGGGGGUGGAGAAUGAACGUGAAAACUCCGGCGACGCGGACUCGGGUUGGGAAGUACGAGCUCGGUAAAACCCUCGGCGAGGGCACUUUUGCAAAGGUCAAAUUCGCGAAGAACGUUGAGACCGGUGAUUAUGUCGCCAUCAAGAUUCUCGACCGUGAAAAAGUUCUUCGCCACAAGAUGGUCGAACAGAUUAAAAGAGAGAUAUCGACUUUGAAACUGAUAAAGCAUCCGAACGUUGUUAAGAUUUACGAGGUUAUGGCAAGCAAAUCGAAAAUCUACAUUGUCCUGGAGUUUGUGGAUGGAGGCGAGCUCUUUGACAAAAUAGCUGCAAAGGGAAGGCUUAAAGAGGAUGAAGCUAGGAGAUAUUUCCAGCAACUUAUUAAUGCUGUAGAUUACUGCCAUAGUAGAGGCGUGUACCAUCGAGAUCUGAAGCCUGAAAAUCUUCUUCUGGACUCACACGAUGUUCUUAAAGUAUCAGAUUUUGGAUUGAGUGCAUUUCCGCAGCAAGUACGAGCGGAUGGCCUGCUUCACACUGCCUGUGGAACCCCAAACUAUGUAGCUCCCGAGGUGUUCAAGGACAAAGGUUAUGAUGGUACAUCAUCAGAUAUUUGGUCUUGCGGGGUCAUUCUCUUCGUUCUAAUGGCUGGCUUCUUGCCUUUCGAUGAGCCAAAUCUAAUGUCUUUGUAUAGAAAAAUUUCCAAGGCCGAUUUCAGCUUUCCACCAUGGUUCUCAAAUGGUGCUAAAAAGUUAGUUCGUCGCAUUCUUGAUCCAAACCCUCUUACACGAAUAACAAUAGCUGAAAUUCAAGAAAAUGAAUGGUUCAAAAAGGGCUUCACACCUGCUCAUUUUGAAGUGGAAGAGGAUAUAACUCUCGAUGAUGUUGAUGCCGCAUUUAGCAGCUCGAGGGAAAACCUUAUAACAGAAAGAAAAGAAAAGCCAGUGUCCAUGAAUGCUUUUGAGCUUAUCUCUAGGUCACCGGGGUUCAGUCUCGAAAAUUUAUUUGAGAAGCAGAAGGCUGAUGCAAAGAGAGAAACUCGUUUUACUUCACAAAGCCCUGCAAACGAGAUCAUGUCGAAGAUUGAAGAGACUGCAAAACCUUUGGGCUUCAAUGUUCGGAAGCGGGACUAUAAGAUGAAGUUGCAAGGUGACAAGACUGGGAGGAAAGGACAACUCUCCAUAGCUACUGAGGUGUUUGAGGUGGCUCCUUCCUUGCAUAUGGUCGAGCUUCGGAAAACUGGUGGCGACACGCUUGAGUUCCACAAGUUCUACAAAACUUUCUCUUCGGGACUAAAAGACAUAAUGUGGAGAACUGAUGAAAAUACUGUUGAAGGGAGCUAAUCUCUCUCUCUCUCCCUCUCCUCUUGCUGUUACGAAGCCGAUGGCAACAUAUCCUCAAUGGGUCGAUUUCUGUUGUCAGUCACACACGUCGAAACAACAUCGAAACGUGGUGUAUGAAUUAUAGAAGCAUAAGAAGUCUACCUUUUUUUUUUCUCAUCUCUCAGAACUCAUUAUAUACAGAGUAAUUGUACAAAUAAUAUCAGUUUCUGAAAUGAGAGAAGUGAAUUGUUUGCAUCUAA